AUGGAAGCGUCUGUGAGGUCGCAUCCCGCAUGCGCAGGGGUAACCACCGCGGAGGAUGUCGCAUACUACACCCGCAGUGUACAAACGGAGAUGGAGAAAAUGCUCGACCAGGAUUGGAUGGCGGUUAUAAUGGGGUCAAUGAAGUCUCACCUGCAAGAUUACUCGGCGCUCCGAAAUGUAGACAUAGUCGCUGGACUGAUUUCUCCACCAAGGCCUCGAUCGCCGGAACCACCGUUGUACGACAUACCCCCGCCUCCCUACGACGAUGUGAUCCAUGAUCUGCCACCCGAAUACUCUGCGCUACCUCCGCUAGCAGAGCGCAAAUACUGUGUGGGGAAGGUUGCGCCCAAAAGCCGGGGAAAAUCACAGAGUCAAACAUCCUCCGUGCUGAAAGAUUGCAUCCGCCCCUGCAAAGAAAGCACCACCUGCAUCUCCUCCGCCGCCACCACCACCACCGGCAGGGGGGAUGGCGGAGGGGACGACAAUUCCAACGGUGGUGGUGAUGGGGCUGCUGGUGGUUCCGGCGGCGCUGGAGACGGCGACGGGAAUGGCGAUGGUGGGGAUGGAGGUGAUGACCUUGGCGAUUGGAGUACAACCACAAAGAAAAAGGACAAGAAGAAAAAGAAAGAGGAGGAAGAGCAAGAGAGACUAGCCAAGGAGGAAGAAGAACGCAAAGCCGCCGAGGCCAGUGCUGCCAACAAUCUUAGCUGGGCUGAGGAUGAUACUGGUGGUGGCGGUGAUGAUUCUUGGGCUGGCUUUGCGACUGUAGGAAAAAAGAAAAAAGGAAAGGAUGGAGCCGCGCCCCCGGGGGCGUUCCAAGACGUAAGUUUGAACAGUGUCGCACCUCAAUUGGACCUGAACUUCGACACUCCGGCUCCCAAAACCGGCGGAACUGGGUUCGCUUUCGGAGGAUGGGGCAAGACUUGGAACACCGGUAGUAAGCUGGAUCCUCUUGGAGACCCUCCCGAAAGCGAACCGAAGGGCAACAACCCUUGGGCAACAACAACGAAGAAGACGUCUCAAACGUCUGCCGGUGACUUCGACUUUAACUUGGGCUCUGCACCCCCUCCGGAAACUAAGAAAGAAGACGUCUGGGGAGGCGGCGAUGAAACGACGAAGGACGAAAAGACCGCCGAACCCGAGGCCCCUGCGCCUCCACCUCCGCCUGCACCCAGGCCCGAUUUCACUAAGGAAGCUUGGUAUUUGGGUCUUUCUAAGAAGGAGCAGCGAAAAGCUAAGAAGGACAUGGAGAAGAAAUACAAAGAUGAGGAUGAUGCUGCUGCAGCUGCAGCUGAAGCUGCUGCAAAGGAAGCGGCAGAGCUGGAAGCAGCCAAGGCUGCCGCCCAACCUGAACCCGAGCCUGAGCCGGUAGUCGAGGAGACACAGAAAGAGCCGGACAAUGAUGUUGGCUUCAGUUGGGGUGUUCCAGUCAAAUCAAAGGAUAAAAAGAAGAAGAAGAUUGACCUUCUUGCUGAUACCUCACCGGGAGAGGGUGACUGGACUGGCGGAUGGGCUACCUCUGGCAAGAAAAAAGCAGAACCAGAGCCAGAACCCAUACCGGAGCCGGAGCCGGAGCCGGAACCUGAACCUGAGCCUGAGCCUGAACCUGAACCUGAACCUGAGGCCCCCAAAGUUGCUCUCGAUCCUCUCUACGAUGAUUGGCACACUAUAUCGUCCAAGGAACGCAAGAAGCGAGAAAAGCAAUUGGUGCGGAAAGGCCUUCCUAUUCCCGGCAAGGGUUUCGAGCUCCCGUCCGACACGCCGCCUAAAGAAGAACCUGAACCAGUUGUUGAACCCGAACCUGAACCUGAGCCUGCACCAGAGCCCGAACCCGAAAACCCGGCUGAAGACGAUUCAUGGGAUGUCUGGGGGCCUGUUAAGGAGAAGAAGAAAAAGAAGAGUAAAGAGGUCGAAGAACCUCCUCCACCCGCGCCUACUCCUCCUGCUCAGGGCUUGACUCCGGAGCCCGAAGCUUUCAAUGACAACGCUGGCGACAUCUGGGCGGAUCUAGCCCCCAAAACCUCAAAAGGUUCCAAGAAGAUCACAAAAGCCAUCGAAUCUCCCAAAGAAGAAAAAUCGUCCAAGUCGUUCUGGUCGACGUUAACGGGCGGAUCGACGAGCAAAACCAAAUCAACGAAGAAGACUGAUGAGAAAUCCAAAACCAAACAAGAGGAGGAAGACUUGCUCAUUGAUGUUGAAAACGAUCCAGAGCCGCCCGCGGAGGCAGAACCAGAACCUGAGCCGGAGCCUGAGCCUGAGCCGGAACCCGAGCCUCCUGCUCCAGAAAAGACGUCCAAAUCUAGAACCUCCAAACUCAGUGUGGCAGAGCGCAUCAAGGCCCUGGAACAAGCCAAGAAAGAGAAGGCAAAAGAAGAGAAACUGAUCGCGAAGGGUAAAUCCAAGGAAAAGAAAGUCGACCCGGAGCCCGCACCUGAGCCCGAGGAAGCUCCAAUGAAGAAGAGCUCAAAGUUGAAGACCAAGACGUCAUCCAAAGAGGAAGCUCCUGACUCAGAAGAGGAGAGGAAAAUCUCGAAGGAUUCCGUUCCUGGAAGCUUCCCAGACUUUGGAGAUGAACCCGAGCCACAACCUGAGCCUGAACCCGAGCCCGAACCGGAACCGGAGCCGGAGCCAGAGCCAGAGCCGCCAGCGCCAGAUCUUUCAAAGAUGUCGAAGAAGGAACUGAAGAAGUACAAAAAGGCCGAAGCCGAGAAAGCCGCAGCCGCAGCCGAAGCCGAAGCAGCUGCAGCAGCGGCUGCAGCGGCUGCCAGAGAACCAACCCCACCGCCGGCGGAUGAGCCAGAAGUUCCAGAGCCAGAAGCAGAACCGGAGCCCGAGCCAGCGGUCGAAGUUGUACCAGAGGCGGCCGAAGAGGAGGGCAAAGAAGGGUCUGUGGCACCUUCACCGGAGCCUGCUGAAACGCCUCCUAAGUCCUCCAAGAAGGAACGAGCCCGCAAUGAACGCAAUACGAACACGUCUUCGUGGGGCUUCUGGGGCACUGCGCCGCCUCCGAAGAAAGCCAGUAAGAAGGAGACCAAGACCUCGGAGGAAGCAGAGCAACCAAAGAAGAAAGAGUCCACCCGAGAGCGCUCUCCUGCUGCAGUGCGACCGAAGUCUUCAAAAUCUCGACCGAAAGACCCUGAGCCAGAAGCUGAAAAGUCAUCUUCUGACCGGGAAAAGCGCCGCGAACGAGAGGGACGAACCUCGAAAAACCAACGUGGCGUGGCUUUGGCCACCAUGGUACUAGGUACAACCCCGCCCAGAAGCAAAUCGACUCGCAAACAGGGGUCUUCGUCAAAACCCGUAUCCAGGCGGCCAUCAGUGGAUGCAGAUGACCAACCUGUUCCGACAUCUCCGGAGGAGAAGCCGGAGGUUUCUGAUAAGGCAGCCAAGUUGAUGGGCGUGAACCCUUCCAAGCCUCGGCGUGAGCGCCCGCGCACGGACGGCCGAAAAGGAGGUAUGUAUCUUCUUGUCACUUUUAUCUGCUUCUUGCUGACUUACCGUUGUACAUAG